AUGUAUGGUGUAAAAAAUGAUGCCAGAAAGAGCAAAAAAGCCACUGUGAUGUUUGAGAACAGCGUGCAGAGCUUUAACCGGAAGUCCCGGAUUGAACCAAUAGCGUGCAGAGCUUUUAACCGGAAGUCCCGCCCAGACGAAUUAAUGCAGAGCAACAUGGCAGCUGUCACCGACAACAACUUGGACAUCUCGGCGUCUAUCGCUGGCAUUUUGAAUGAAGACCACUGCUCUGAACACUUGCAGGUUUUAAAAACAUUCACGGCUGCAUUACGGGACAAGGAAUACAGAGAUGCGGUGGAGGAGGAGGCGUUCUCCAGUCUUCUGAAGGUCUUGUCCCGACUGUGCGAUGAGCUUCUGGCUGUCUGCUGCGACGACCAGGACCUGCAGUCUGUCGCCCUGCAGCUCCAUCUGACUGCUGAGUGCUUCAGGGCUCAGAGGAACGCUUGUGUCCAGAGUAAUCGCAACCAGAGUCUGCUCAGGGAACUUGGUUUCAUUGAUGUAUCCCUUAAACACCUGAGCUUCCUUCAGACCAAACAUGUGGAGAGCAGAGAUGGCAUAUUUGAACCUCUUCGUUGUGGGAUCCAGUUCCUCGGUAACAUGUCGGUUGGAAACCAAAUGUGCAAAGAUGAUAUUUGGCAGCUGAGCUUUCCAAAUCUUCUCCUGCAGCUGCUCAGUGUUGAUGAUGAGAAGGCGGUAAACUAUGCCUCUAUGGUACUCCACACGUGUCUGGAUGAAGCCAAGGUGGAAGAACUUUCUGAUCCACAGAACAUUCAGCUGGCACUCAAGGUGAUGGAGCUCUGUAGGACCCAACCUGACUUGGACUGGACAGUUCUCAUUGCUACCCAGUAUUUCCUCAAGUCUUCAGCUCUGGUGGAAAGCAUGUACUCUGGGAUGUCUCACCAUGAAAGAGUUACUCUACUAGAGCUGCUCUCUGCCCAGCUACAAGAGGGGGACUCAGAGGAGUGCGGCAUCCCUCCCGAUGUGGCUCGGUUCCUGGCUACUUCCUUCCAGAAAGGUUGUGGGGCUGUUCUGACACUCGCCACUGGCUCCGCUUCUAGUGAUGAGGUCCUGCAGGAGGCACUGACAGUGAUUAGUCUGCUGGACGUGCUGUGUGAGAUGACCUCUGACCACAGGGAGUUUAUGUUCCUUCAGGACCAUCCUGACCUUCUAGUGACGACUGUUGAGCUCCUGCGGCAGGUGCAUGCUAUUGGGAAGGCCAGUAAGAACAUUUUCAGUCCUGCUCAGAACUUCUCCUUCAGUGGAGAUGAAGACCCUUCCUCCCAAUCUCCUGUCAUCAGCUUCAAGGCCCACCUCAUCAGGCUGAUAGGAAACCUCUGUUACAGCAAUACCGACAAUCAGAACAAGGUGAGAGAACUGGAAGGCCUCCCCCUCAUCUUGGACAACUGCAACAUCGACAGCAACAACCCAUUUAUCAGCCAGUGGGCCAUCUUUACCGUCAGGAACCUCCUAGAACACAACACGCAGAACCAGGAGCAGGUCGCCGCCAUGGAACGCCGUGGCACCGCUGACUACUCAGCACUCAGGGAGUUGGGUUUCCUGGUGGAGGAGCGAGAUGGAAGCUUGCUGCUCAAAACUGUGAGGAAAGACUCUUGAAGGCCUUAGAGGAGCAGCCGGGAGAGAGGAGGUCCUCAACCCAAAAAGCAGGUUUUCAUGUGAAGUAUUUGUUUAGAAAGGAGUACAGUUCAGUACUCUUGUUGUGCUACAAGCCUCAUUUAUGUUACCUAAUACUUAAGCUCCACCUGCGAGUGAAUUACCUCUCCACUACUAAACACAUACAUUUUGUGCCUGUCCAGAAUAACUGACAGCCACGCUGCCGAUAAAUUACGAAGAACAACGCUGUAGAAUUUUAUUUCAUCAGAGAAGUAUGCAUAAAUUUCUUUUCUACUUAAGUAAUGCUUGCACUCUUGCCCAGAUGGGAUUUGAGGCAUUCUUGAUACACAAAAGGUCCAUGGGGUCCCCUUGGUGUAAAGUCAGAGGUCAAGACAUCAUGAACUCUUUGUUUUGUCUUAACCUGAGUCUGGGAAAUGAAGAGUUUGGGAGAGGCGAGCACAUGCUGGUUCCUUUGGCUGCGGUGAUGCUUUGUGGUUUAAUCCAAAAACAAAGAGCACCACAGUGUCCGGACUUUUCACCUCUCACAGACACUGAUGUUACCAGCAGGGGUGGGGGUUUAAUCCCAGACCCAUAGUGACUUCUGCAGUAACCACGAAAACAGAGAAUGACCAAAACAUGAUGUAAUCAACCCCCUCAACGCCUUAGCUACUUAAAUAGGGGUUUCGUUGCCAGAGCGACAUUCAAACGUUUACAACUAUUUCUCUAAACAGGCAUGACAUUAAUAUUUUAAUCUAAGAACAUCUGAAUGCAAAAUGCAAUACUCAAACUAAUAAUAACUGACGCUAUGCAUGUUUUCUAAUUUAAUAACAAUGCAUCUCUGCUUCUUGUAUUAAGGCUAUAACGGUCAUGAGUUUAAUACUCAAACAUAGUCUAGUUAAUCUCAUUCUAUUCCUCAUAAUCUCAUUCUUAAUCUUCUAUUGCCAUCAUAUUGAACAGAACUUAAUAAAUAAGAAAUAAGGGCUUAUGGCAUGCAUCAUAGAUCAUUAACCAUCUUUUAACUCACAACAUUGAGUUUAUGUUUUACUCCUUCGACUGCUUCUCUUCGCAAGCUGUAUUUGAGUUUUACCAGACUGCAUAGACUUUCUUAGAUAUUUAGUGAAUAAUCUACUCCUUAUUUAGCUGUAGCCGUGUUUGUGUGUGUGCUUCCUCUUUUGAUAAGAUCUAUAGAUUGCGGAUCAAUAGACGAUGGAUGAGAUCAUAGUGUACGUCCAAAGAGUGACUGAGUGAGUGAAUGAAUUAAUGAAUGACUGAGUGAAUGGGACCAGAGGCAUUAGUUUGCAGAAUGACAUCGCUCCCUGCUCCUCCCGUUGCUGGAUAAGCUGAACUGUCCUGACACCUCAACAAUGCAGUGCUUUGCUGGCAUGCUCACACCCUGCUCCACCCUGUUUGCUCUGCCUCUGAUUUUUAAUGACAAAAUGUAUUGAAACAAUCGGCUGGACUCUCCCCUCAAUCCGCCGGCAUAGUGAAGGGAGCUUAUGCCGUUCCGGUCCCCAGGAUUUCAGACAGCUAACAAAACAGCUGUUACUUGCGCUCGACUGGCCGGCUGCAAUUCUUUUCAGCCCCACAGGAAAGAGUCAGCCGGGCUGAAUGAGGUGGCAUGGCCGCCUGUUCACCUCCUAACACAUUAGUACACAUCAGUCAAGGCCAGAAGUUCCUGUGUUUCCCAUAUCAGCGUUUUAUACUAAAGGCCUGUACUAUAUUGUAUUUGUGCCUUCUGGUUCGAUAUUGGCCUUCAACAAAAAAAACAACUUUGUCAGGGUGUAAAGUAUGCUUGAUGCUUGGGUCAAAUAAUAUGUUUACAUAAUGUUUAAUAAAGUAUUGCG